UAGAAGAAAGUAGAACAAAGUGAGAAACACAUAAGUUCUUGGGUUGAUAUUCAAGUGGUUUUCUUUUUAGUUUUGGGUCCUAACCAAUUGGUUAGAAGAGUUUGUUGUAUCCUGGGGAGUUAUCGCAUCUUGAGCGAAUAAACUCUUGAGGACAGUGUCAUGUGACACGCCCCAAACUGUUGUGAUUACAUUUGUAAUAUUUGGUUCGAGACCAUUACAAUUUUACUGUAUUUUCACUGCAAUAUUUCCAACAUUUGUUGCAUGCUUGCAAUAUAUUCUGCAGACGCUAAUUGCAGGGGCAACGGACACCACAACAGUGACAAUGACAUGGGCACUCUCCUUAUUACUAAACAAUCCCCACACUCUGAAGAAAGUUCAAGAAGAGCUAGACGAGCACGUAGGAAACGAAAUACCAGUAAAUGAAUCAGACAUCAACAACCUACCCUACCUCCAAGCAGUAGUCAAAGAAACACUGCGAUUAUACCCAGUUGGCCCCCUCGCCGGAGCGCGUCAAUUCACCGAGGACUGCACCUUAGGCGGCUACCAGAUCAAAGCAGGCACAAGAUUGAUCCUAAACCUCUGGAAGAUGCAUAGAGACCCGCGUGUGUGGGAAGAUCCUCUAGAGUUUCAACCGGAGAGGUUUCUUAGUAGCCGCCACAAGGGUGUGGAUGUGAAGGGUCAGCAUUUUGAGCUGCUUCCGUUUGGUGGUGGAAGAAGGUCAUGUCCUGGCAUUUCGUUUGGCCUUCAAAUACAGUUGGCUUUGGCUGGUUUUUUGCAAGCGUUUGAGGUUGCGACGCCGUUGAAUGAGGAGGUUGGUAUGAGUGCCACGUUUGGACUCACUAAUAUUAAGACCACCCCACUUGAGGUUGUGGUCAAACCUCGUUUAUCCUCUCAACACCUCUUUGGCAAUCAACAUAAGCCAAAUCCACUGCAUUAA